GUUGAAUCACGUUUAUCAAUGAAACACUGAUAAAAGCAUAUAUACCCAUACUUUAUUGGUAUUUUUAAAUAGUAAAUGUUGAACUUUAUUCAUGAACAGAUGGCGCUGUAUUAAGCAGUACAUAAAAAGUGUUUCUGUUGCUCAUGAAAACAUUUCGGUGUAUUUGAAAAAUACAGCAUUUUAAUUUACUAAUUUAAUUUAAUCUGUGCAAACACCGUGAGAGCGUUCACUACCGGGAGCAGAAAGUGUCCGAUUUUUAAUUCCGCCCCGACUGCAUGCGGCUGCUGUCUCCAGCCGGUGGCAGCUAGUGUAGUGCAUCUCGAACAAGCCUAAAUAUUCAGUACACUCCAAGCAGGCUCGUUGCGAACUGUACAAGAGUCGAUUCUCGAUAAGAUUCAGUCGGACUGAUUCAGUUCGAUUCGUAAGCGAAUCAUUCAAACUCGGUUUUGUUCAACAAAUUCAUGGGAAAGAUCCGACUCGUUCAGAAUCGGACAUCGCUACUUUUGAGCUAUCAUUAUAAAGAAUACUAUCAAUAUAAGAUACAAUGACUCACAAAUAGACUAUGUAAUCUUGAUAUUAGGCUACAUUCUAAAAAAAUAAAUAAAUAUAUUGUAACAGAAAAAAUAUCUAAGAGGCACAAAUCAAAUCGUUCCUGUCCUCGCGCCACCCCCGGCUCGUCCCAGUUGGUCCAGACUGGAUUAGAGCGCUGCAGCAUCAGCGGAUGAUCAGGAGUGAAGGCCGGGCCGCUGCGCCCCUCCACCAGCCGCAUGCUCCCGCACACCGGCAUCAGUCAGCCAGUAAGAAAUGCGCCGGGCAAUGUAGUGGAUAUUAACCUUUCUUUGGCAUAGCCGCUUAUCAGAAACGGAUCUCCUCAGCGAAGCGCUCGUUUAAAACUCUGCUGGAUGAAAUCACUGCAAGCUAGCAGCAACAUCACUUGGCAGCACAGGGGAGACGUGCUCCUGUGAGCUGAGCACCGUACAUUCCUCCGUUCGCUGGAUGACAAAUGCCAAGCCUCCGGAUGGAGAUAUUUUAGUCGGAGCAUGGGGGAUCGCGGGAAUGUGUGUGCUGCUGUUUGGGGAAACCGGCUGUGAUGUUUAACCGCUGCUAAAACGUUGACUGUGAAGCUCGUGUGUUUUUGCAGUCAGCACAAUCAAGGUGACGGCAGCUAGCCCGUUAGCUCGCGAGCUAUCCGGUUACUGUGAGACAGGGAACAGAAAACGCACCGAGUGCGUUUGACAUCGAAAUAUCGUUACUGAUUAAAUGAAAAAGGAGAGCACACGAUAAGCCUGUGCACUUUUUCUUUGCACCGUGCACUUCCUUAUUGGAUAACAGUGCUCGUCGCUGACAAGGAGCAGAUGCCAGGAGAUGCUUGAUACAUUCUGGUGAAAGAAAAAAAAAACUUGACACAUCCAACUAUAAAAUUACAUAUCAAACUCGCGUGCUUUUUUAAUCAGCUGAAUAUUUUAACAUUAACCCCCUAAACCCCGUGGGGUGUCGAUUCUGGCACCGUAGGCUACUGUAUAUUAGUGACUACUUAUGAUCGGUGCCAAGCAAUAUUGUCGUAACAUCACUCUUAUUAAGUGCAUACUUGUAUUCGUUUAGAGAAAAAUACACCUGCUUCGUUCAGGUCCUGUACGUUAAAUGAGUCUUUUGUAUCAGUUUCUUGCAACACACGGGUCUCACAGUCAGAGCGCUGGUAGCUUAAAAAUCAGAGUGGAUGCCAAAGCUCCGGACGGACAGAUGAUGAUGGUGAUGAUUCACUCUACGGGAAUAUGAGGAAGCUGCCCUGAACCGAGCACACAGCUUCGCGUUCACGAAACCCCUGCCGUUCCCGAUGGUGAAAUUAGCCGGCGGCUGUUUGAUGAGCAGCAAACGAAAGCCACCUCUCCUCGGGUCGCCUCUGAAGUCGAGCUGACAGAAGCUGGUGGGGUUAGUUUGAAAGGCUGGAGAAGGGUGUGACCGCACUUUGUUUAAAUGUUACAUGCAGCUCUGUAUAGAACAGCGAAGCUCACUAUGAACGCAGCCUGGAAUUUCUACGUCAAUCCGUGUGGAUGACGCCGCCGCCGCCAACGUUCCAAAACAAAACGUCGAAGAGGCAAAAGUUGCUUUUUAAAAUAGUUUGUUUCGGCUAAAGAGCAGCGGGUCUGUUAGCCAUGUAGCUGGCUGCACAUGACCGGACUGCACUUCUCCGACUAAUGUCUACGGUGUCGGGUCUUUUUUUAGUCUGUGUUGUGCGUGCGAGUGUAGAUGUAUAGCGUAGUUAUUUUAGCGUCGUCGUCGUCGUGACUGUUUCUGGUUGCUAUGGCAUUUUUAAACGGCCCCAGACUGCUGGACUGGGCAAACUCUCCUCCACACUUACAGUUCAACAAAUAUGUCCUGACUGGCUAUAGACCCAUCUCCUCCGUCCAGGAGUGUAUCAAGAGUCUCUUCUAUCUGCACAAUGAGCUGGGGAACAUCUACACACACGGAAUCCCUCUGCUCUGUUUCCUGGUGCUGCUCCCGCUCAACAUCCCCUGGUCACAGAUCAGCGUGACGUGGCUCGGCGUGGUGCAUUUCCUGGCCUGCCUGUCACCGCAGCUGGGCUCAGUGGUCUACCACCUCUUCAUGAACCAUGAAGGCGGCGAGCCCGUCUACAAAACCCUGCUCACGCUAGAUAUGUGUGGAAUCUGCAUGAUCAACACGCUAGGAGCCCUGCCCAUCGUGUACAGCACUCUUCUCUGCUACCCCUUCACCCGCACAGUGGCUCUGCUGAUGUACAUCCUGCUCUCCAGUUACGCCAUCUACUGUGCCAUCACAGCGCGCAGCAGAGUGCGCCGUCUGCGUUCUUUCGCCUGGCAGGCGCUUUUCCGCUUCUCGUUUUUCCUUCUGCGCUGGGUAGGUGUGGGUGGAGGAAGUCCCACCUCACUGCGUCACUUUCUCACCAUGGAUGCACUAGCGGUGUUGGGCGGUGUCAUCAAUAUACGAAUCCCUGAGCGGUUCCGCCCAGGCCUCUUUGACUACUGGUGCAACAGCCAUCAGAUCAUGCAUGUGCUGGUGGUGGUGUCCAUACUGUACCUACACUGGGGGGUGCUGGACGACUUACUGUGGAUCAACACGUAUCACUGUCCCUCAGACUGACAGUGGCCCCUGCUAGUCUGGAUUCAUGGGUAAUAGGGCGUGAGGACCUCUUUUAGUAAUGAGAUGUUUGGUAAUGCGACGUAAUUGGGCAAAGAAUGAUUUGGGGUGGGGGGAGGCUGUUGUGCUUUGUAUAUAAAUGUGUGCACGAAAGUCCAUAAGAAGUGUUUUACAUGUUUUUUAGGAGACACCAGUGCCAGCUUUGACACACAUGCUUGUUUGUGCCGUCAGUAGCCAGAAUGUACAUAUCUGCGUUUGCAUAAACAUUGUCUGUGCAUGGCACUGUUUAGACCUGCUAGCUCAAACAAAGGCAAUUUAUUUAUUUAUUUAUUUUUUGGUUUGAGACCUACACGUUCUAUAGGCGCACACACACGCACAUAUGGGGUCUGACAUUAUUUGAUGUCAUGUGUUCACCAGCGUUUAAAGCAUUUAAUAAAUAACCUCUAAAUUUAGUUGUAGCUGAACAGUAAAAGACAUGAUCGAGCCCUCAAAUGAUUGGCUCUCGAAAAGUAAGAUUUAACGCAUCACGUAAUCUAAAAUUCGUUGUGCAAAAUAGCAUGGCUUUUAUGAAAAAUAAUUAUAGUUUGUCUCUAUUCUCAAUUUUGCUGGUGACAAACAAAGAUCACCGGUGCAGAAAUGAUGUAUGCACCUCCAACUUUCAACUUAAUACUCUAAUGCAGACUAUGCAGCGUAUCAGAUGUUACAUCAGUGCUAACACACACACACACACACACACGUACUGUAUGCUCAGUCUCACAGCAACAUUUACUGGAAAUACUUGAGUUGAUUUUACUUGUUUUAUCACUUUUUUCUUCUUCUUUUUUUGUGUCGUCUCAUCUCCCUGUUUAGGUCCACAUUUUCCACAUUCUCACCCCGAUACCUGUAAGUGAAGGGUGAAGGGGUCAUUCCUUGGUUUGCAGCCUUGUCAUUUAUACAUUCACUGGCUGGUUAAAGCUGCUGAGUGGCCAUUUUAUUUUUUAGUGCCCUCUGUGACUUUGAUCAUGUUUGUUAACAUCUAAGAGGCAUUUAUUCAAUGCGGUUUUUGCAGGAGCAUGACUUUAAAAAUACCCUGGGAAGCAUUUUACGUUACCUGCGGAAGAUAUUUUCUCUGCUGUGCUGCUGAACAGUCGAUUCAGCCUUGUACACUUACAGUUUUAAUAUCCUAAUCUUUAGUUUGGAAGAUUGGAUUUUGUACCGCUCUAAAUUAGAUUUAAUUUCUUUCUGACCUUUAACCUCAAUUAUCCAUGUAACCUUGGAUUCAAGACAAGGCAAAUUAUUUUCUUAAUGGCGUGCUGUUUGCACAAAGGCUUUAAUUCUCUGCUGGCCAUCCUCGCCCACUGUGCACCUGAUGUUCCCGCUCAUCAGACGAGGCAGAUGAAUAUUAGACUCCAGAAUGGAGCAAUAUUACACAUGCCAAUACACUAUGAAUUCCCCAGUGAAGACUAGGGGAAUAUUGGUACUGCUCACUUGUGCCAAGUUAAUGCUAUAUAUACGGAUUAUCUAAGUCCGUGGUAAUGGGAUGAACUUGAUUGGAUAUAAUUCAUAAUGGCCCCUCUGAUUUAAGAAAAGUUGCCACAUGACUUCAGGUUUAACAGAGCUUUUUACUGUGACUAAAGCUGAACAAUCAGCCUCCUUUAUAUCUACUUUAGAAUGUGAUUACUGUAAACUAAAACAGUUCUUAUUGCAGAUUGCACUAUGGAGAUGUUCACAUUGUUCCAAAUGGGCUGUAUUGUGCAGUUUUUGCACAUUUGGAUUUGUUAGCUUAGCACGCUUAUGCACUACUGAGCGGAACAAACCAAGGAUGACUCUCUUAACCCUUCCAACCUCACUUGUUUUAAAGAACUUACAAACAAACAACACGAUGUGAGAGAUUCACUGACACAAUAUAGCUUUUAGAACAAACACCAGUGAGGCCUGCCGUUCAUUUCAAUUACCCUCACUAUCCGUAUCAUUGGCAUUAUAUUUAUUAUAUUUAAGAUGUUGUUUUGACAUUUGGCAAUGUUUGAAGAUGUUUUUAAUUUGAAUGCAACUACUACUGUUUUUUAUUUAUUUAUUUAUUUAUUUAUUUAUUUUAUAUGUAUAUAUUAUUUUAACCAGUUGGGGAUCACAUAUCUGUAAACAACCACAGUACUCUAAUAUCCUCUAGCAGAGAUCAGACCUAUUAGUGUAGAAUCAGUGCAUGUUAGGUAGAAUGUCGAUCAGAUGUAUCUGACAAACACUUACACAUACUCUAUGCCAAAUUAGAUGUUUUAGGGCCUCAAGUGUCGAGCACGAUGGUCCUGAUCUUUGCAGACCAGGGUGGUUUUAAAAACAAACCACUAUUCCCUCAGAAUUGGGGAAGGUUUACCCCAACCCCUUUAAUGCUAUUAAAUGAUAAACAUUAGACUCUGCAAUCAAGUGGUGCAUGUAAGUACUAGUAAACCAAUCCCCUUAAAACACAACAUGCAAUUCCUAAUGCUUGUGCAAUGCAACCUCUGACAUAUGUGCUUAAUGUGCAGUAACAGAGCUAAUGCAUCAAAUAUAUCUGUCUUUAGAAAUGGAAUGAGAUCAAGAGAGCAGCCCAGAGGCAAUACAACCAUAUCAAGUAAUUAACUGCACUGUUUAUUUUUUUACCAAAAGGGCUUUGGAUCAAAGUGAAAACCAAUUAAGAACUUACAAGUCCAUAUAGGUAAUGUAAAUACCUGUAUGUAGACUGUAUAUGCAUAAAAUGCAAGAGGCAUACAUACCGACAUUUUUAUAUAUUCAUAUUAAUAUAUAAAGCAACAAUGUUAUUUGGAAAUAUAUCGAAUGUUAGCGUAUUUCAUCUCAGAGAGCGACACUCAAUAUGGAUUGUCCGAUUUCAUUUCAAAGGCAGCAGUGAUUUGAUCAUUCUAUACCUGUAAAAAGCUAAAAUUGUCAUAUCACAAUGACAGGCCUGGCAGGAGAGUUAACAAUGCUGUUAGAUUAUUUAGUAGGGUUAACGUCAUAAUAAUAUGUCUGUACUACUAUGAUGUCAUAAUGUCAUUAACACGGUCUUUGUUUUUUAAACUGUUUAGAAGGGAUUGUAAUAUAGUUCGGUUGGUAAAAUCUCUUUUUUACAUCAUUAAAAGUACAGAGGGGCAUACAGAUGUUUUGGUUUGGAAAACGGGGGUCCUGAUAUGUUAUUACCUCUGAAACCCACUGGAUAACUAUGCAUAAUCGAAAUAUGUACAUAUAUAUAUAUAUAUAUACACACACACACAAACAUGUUUGUACAUGUGAAUUCCAAAAACAAGAUGUUUUACCAGUCCUGAAAAGAAACAGAUUUGUGUGUUCACACCAACAUGUUUUGCUCAGACCAUGCCAUCCUGGGGUUUCCUCUUCUCAGGGUGCCCUGUCAGUGCUCACUUGUACUGAGUGACCUCAACAACUGAUUUCGGGCCAGUUUUCUUUUCAUCCUGUCAUGUCGUCUUUGCUUGUUCUGGUUAAAAUCGAAGACUGAAAAAAAUGAUGACAGUUGUAUGUUUUUAAGGGCAAAGGUCGCGAUGGCUUGUCAGUCAUCAGGCAUUUGGACUGUGCGUCCUUCUUGAUGCAUAUUGCCUUCGUGGGGCCGAAUGUGUCCGUAAAUGCUGAUCAAGAAUGUGUUUAUUCAUGUAGUUAGUUAGGUGAUGUGAGAAUGUGCAGAGCAUGUUACAUUGAGCCCUAAAGGAAAUGGAUUGCAUCAUAACCCAUGUUUUAGAGGAGGAACAAGGAUGAUAUUCUCAUGGAUGAUGUUCUCCUGUCUGUAUAUUCUAAUGUCCUGUGGUAAAAAAUAAUGACAUGAUGUAUGAAACUAUAAUAACCUUUUUUUUUUCGUUUUGUUUUUUUUUCUUUUCUUAGUAUGCAGGUGCUGGAUAGCCUGUUAAUGAUAAUUUAAAAACUACUCAUCAUUAGUUACAUUUUGCAUUAUUAUGAUAAUGGAUAUAUUGUUAUUAUUGCUAUUAUUCUGAGAUGGGUUACCACUAUCAAUGAUAAUCUUAAUUUAAGUACAAAGGCUGAGAAUACUAAUGCACAUAGGAAGACGGGAGGUCUCUGAAAGAUCUGUCGUUUUUUGUUUCUGCUCCUGCUUGUGUGUUUUUGUUGAAUUUGAUUGUUGUUUGGCACCAUCUGGUGGCCACAGCGCUCUAUUGACUCUUAUGAGUUGGUAGCAGCAUAAAUGAUGUUCAGUUAAUAAACCGUGUUGACCUUCUGGAUGAAAGUCUGUCACAGGUCACGCACUGAGCCCUGCUGGCCGUAUAUCUUUGUUUUUUGUUGUUUUAUUUGGUGUCCUCAUUUAUUGCAAAAUUUACUUAUUUAUUUAUAACUUCGGUUUUACAUAAAUAUUUCUUGUUGUAAAUGGUUUUAUCUACGAGCGUGUGUCUCUGUUGGUUUGUUUUAUGGGCCUAUAUUUCUCUCUCAGUCUAUUUGUGUGUUCACAAUUACAUUUGUGCACACAAGACAGAUCUUCCAAACCCCACGGUCGCCUGCAGCAAUU